UUAGUUUUUAUUUUCGUCUAUAUUUAAUACUUCAUGCAUACGUCUAAAGAUUCGAUGUGACGGGAAAUCUGAAAAAUUUUAUAAAACUUUUUGGGAACUAAACAAGGCCUAGAGAAUUUGGAAGGCCCAUACACACACAUACAACUCGUGAAAUCCGUGACGUCCGACCGUCACGUAAUCGGAGCGAUUAGGUGGGCGUCCCUAUAAAUCACGGUUCACGGACACGGGGACACCCCACCCACCAGCAAGAACGCACUACCCCAGUCACACUACACUCCAGCGUCGCACACAGCCAGGAGCAAGCAACCGCAUCAGGAGAGGAAGCAGAAGCCGGGAGCGGGGGAGGCGCAUGGCGGAAGAAGGAGGCAGCUCCACGGCGGCGGCCCGGCGGGCUCCGCCGUCCGCGCCGCCGCCGUGCUGCGGGCUCGCGCGGCUGAUGCGGCGCCUGCGGCGGCAGGGCAGGCGCGCGCUGUGCGCGGCCGCGGCCUCGCACUCGCACCAGCCGCGCCGCCACCGCGCGUCGGCGUCGUCGUCGUCGUGCCGACAGUACGACCCGCUCAGCUACGCGCGCAACUUCGACCUCGGCCGCGACGCCGACGACGCCGACGCCGACGCCGCGCGCAUCUACUACGCCUGCUCCUUCUCCUCGCGCUUCGCGCUGGUCCCGGCCACCGCCGCCGCCUCCUCGUCCGCCGUCGGCGCUGCUCCGGUCGCCGCCACCAGCUAGUGCUACCAAAUUAGAUGAUGCUAGAGUAGAAUAGGCAGGGUUGAGUCGUGCAGCAUCCUCUUCUUGUUCCUGUAAACCAAGGGGGAAGGGAGCAUGAUUGAUUGUGUAUAUACAACAAACCGCGCCGAGCAUCCGUGCGUUUUUUUUGUCGUUCUUGGUUUCUUGUCACACUGGCAGUUUACUACUCUUGCUCCAGCUACUUUGGUACUCUGUUUCAAUCAACUUUCAAGAUUCAUCUCUUCGACUGUUGCUGUGUGCAAAAGAAAUUCUGAACUCUGAGCUGAAGCAGCGCUGCCUGCAACUGCAAUAAACAACUGAUGAAAACUUUGGGGGCUCAUGUGCACAACGGUGUUUGAAAAGAUGUUUCUUCUUUUGAGACGAAUUGUCGAACAAAUCUGCCGAGGCAAAAAGAGAACAGUGGCGGGGAAUGUGGAGGAACAAGAACAACACAAGGCCACACCGGCUCAAAUGUUCGGUUUUAGGAUGUUAGCAUAGACUAUACAUAAUUUAUAACUCUAUACUACGAUCUACAAUUUUGUUGUUGAUAAUUUCUUUCAUUUAAGAUCGUUUAGAGGCUCAA